AUGGCCAUGAACGGCGAAGAGCCACCGAUUGAGAAGAAGAAUAAGAAGAGGAAGACCUCCGAGGCGUACCCGAUUCUGCCACUUCCCGAUGAUUUGGUUUUGAAUUGUUUGGCACGCAUCUCCAGACUGCAUUACCCGACUCUCUCCCUCGUAUCCAAGAGUUUCCGCUCACUCCUUUCUUCACCGGAGCUUUACGAGACUAGAUCACUCUUAGGUCGUACCGAGAGUUUUCUCUACGUGUGCUUAAGGCUCCCUCCUGAGUUUAACACAACUUGGUUCAUUCUCUGCCAGUCAAGUGGAAAUCAUCUUUUGAUCCCAAUCCCAUCUUUGCAAUCUCGUCCUGUGCACUCGUCUAAUCUCUUGGCGGUUGGUUCUAAUAUCUACAACAUUGGCGGAUAUGUCGACGAUGCGCCUUCGUCUACCGUCUCGAUUCUCGACUGCAAGUCUCAUACUUGGUGUGAGGCUCCAAGCAUGCUGGUGGAGCGGUCUUAUCCACUUUCCAGUGUUGUUGAUGGAAAGAUAUAUGUAGCAGGAGGAUGUGAAGAAGAUUACAAUUCGUCCAUGUGGAUGGAGGUUUUCGAUUUGAAAAAGCAAACUUGGGAACUUGUGUCGUGCCCUCUUGUAGAGAGAUGCGGUAGUGGUAUGAACAGGAGCGCAGUAAUUGAUGGAGAAAUAUUUAUGUUUGGGAGUAAGGGUUUGGGUGUGGCUUACAAGCCAAAAGAAGAUAAAUGGCAACGCUUAGGUGCCAUGACUAAUUUUGAUGUAGGAUGGCAAUGGUUUUAUUAUUGCGUGGUAGGUAACGUUCUAUAUUGUUAUAGUAAUCAAGAUGGGAUCAAAUGGUACAACCCUAAGAUAGGUGACUGGUUAAAUUUGAAGGGUUGGAUAUCUGAAACUGUGUCUGCUGCUGAUUAUAGUCGUAUUAAAUUGGCGGACUAUGGUGGGAAAAUGGUGGUUUUGUGGGACCGGUAUGUUCCUUCUAGGGGCUAUAAGAACAGUGGCUAUAAGAACAAGGUGAUUUGGUGUGCUGUAAUUGCGCUUGAAAGACCAAACAAUCAAGAGAUUUGGGGGAAGGUCGAGUGGCUUAAUCCUGUGCUUAAAGUCCCCAAGUCUUAUCAAUUCGUAUGUGCUCUUUCUGCUACUCUGUGA